UUCGUCUACUCCUUUCUCUCUACCUUGAUAAAACAAUUGCACCUCUCGCCUUGCCAUCCAUGCCGUUGUUGCAGCUUUCCUACUCCCUGCCCCUUCUCUCCCAAACCCCCAGGUCAUAUAAAAGCUCACUUGCUUGAUUUUCCUUUGUUCGACUUUGUAUUUAUUUUUAAAAUUUGAAUUGAGGUUUGAAUCUUUUCCCCUUGCGAAAGCACUCUCCUACAAGAAUUAAAGUUCUUGGACCCAAAAAUUGAAGGUUGAAUUUUGGAAGUCUUAAAUAUUUGAUUUGGAGACAAGGAUGCAAAAGGUAGGUGAAGGGUUUGCACUUGCUUCUAUGCCCCUUUCCGUUUUCUUUUACUGAAAAGCCUGAUCUCAUGUUGAAUUUUGGUAACCUGAAGUCUUAAGUUUGGAGAUGUGGAAGGAUAUACACACACUGUUGCUCAAGGCUCCGCUUCCUACUGCUCUUCUUUGUUGAAAAAUCAUAUUAAAAUAAAUUGAGUUCACAAUUUUCAAGUCUUUUUAAGUUCAGAAUUGAGAAUCCCAAAUUUAUAUCUUUGCUUUUUUUAGUUCAACAUUCAUAAUUUAUCAGAGUUCUUUUUAUUUCAAGUUCUCACCUCAUUACCCAAUUGAGAUAUGCGAUGUGCCGCCAUAAUUAGAUGCCCACAAUAAUUUGUGCAACAUCUUUCUAUCUCUUGCAAUUAAUGGUGUUUAUAUCGAGCAUAGUUCUUACAAAAUUUUCUAUUUUUUAGUUCAAAAUUCAAAAUCUCAAUUGCAGUGCUUCGAGUUUCGAGCUCAACGUUCAUUAUUUAUCAGAGUUCAUUGUUUUUUUCAAUUUCUCUCCUCAUUGCCCAAUUUUGAUCUUCUAUAAUUUGUGCAACAUCUUCUAUCUCUUGCAAUUAAUUUGUGCAAUGUCCUUCUACCUCUUGCAUAUAACUCAUGCAACAUUUUUCUAUCUAUUGCAAAUAAGUUGUGCAAUGUCUUUAUAUCUGUUGCAAUUAAUAAUGUCUAUAUCUAGCAUAUCUCAUGCAAUAUUUUCUAGUCUUUCAAUUAAGGAUUCAAAUCCCAAUUUCAGCACUUCCAGUUUUGAGUUCAUCAUUCAUAAUUUAUCAAAAUUCAAUUUUUCUUCAAUUUUUUUCUUAAAGUUCUCACCUUUGUCCAAUUAAGACCUGCUAUGUGUCCACAAUUAUUUGUGCAACAUCUUCCAUCUCUUACGAUAGUGAUUUGUGCAGCGUCUUUCUAUCUCUUUCAAUUAACAAUGUCUAUAUCUAGCAUAUCUCAGUAACAUCUUGUGACUUGUAUAAUCAAUGACAAGUACGUAUAUUAGACGAGAUUUGCCUCGUACACAAGCGUGCGUGCCUCGUACCGUAUUUGCCUAUAAAUACGCGGUGCUCCAUGGACAGCACCGCAGAAGAUCCAGGAGCCGCGGUGUGGCUCCGGAUGCUCUUCGGGCCUGGGGUUUCGCGCCUCGUGCCCCACCCCACCUUUUCGAAUCCGAGCGACCGGGGGCCCCACACCCACCGCCCUUCCACAGUCACUGACAUGAUGCCCCGGUUCCGCUUGUGGCCCGCGUGCAGCGAGGUUGGCGUGGGCCCCACCACCCAGCCACGCCGGGCCCCACCGCGCCUGAGCCCCAAAGUUCAAAAUCUCCCUUGGAGAGAGGCGGGGAGGAGACACGCGGAAGAAGAAGAGGAGGAGGAGGAGAGCCCAAGCGCGGAGGAGAGAGGACGGAGCGGAGAGGAGCGAGCAGAGGCCGUGAUGCUACGCGGCAGCGGCGGCGCGUCGCGAGCCUCGGCGAAGCCCCGGCGCCCCCACCCCCGCCCGCGGCCGCCGUCUCCGCCCGCCCCCUCGCGCCGAGCACGCGCGGCUCCCGCUGCCACCGAAUCGAAGGAAGCGUCGGUGUUGGAGGCUCCGGUUGUGUCUUCCGUGGAGGAAACAUCUUUCACAUUUGAGUUCAAGCGAAGAUUUAAAAGGGCGAAGAAGGCAGUUUUUCCGCCCAUGGGUGCGCCGAGAGGUGAAGAGAAUUUAAGAGAGUGCCUCUCUAACAAGGCAAAUGCUGCUCCUGCAAAGACACCCUUGGCGAAAGAGGGGCCGAAGCAGGUGGAGUUCACCCAUUGCGCGCCUGGUAUUGUUGCCAGGCUGAUGGGACUUGACACCAUGCCUCGCCCUGAGAAAGUUCUUGACCGGUGCCAGAGUGACAUCCGGGCUAAUAGGCAACGGCACUUGUCUGGAGUUGUUCAAGAAGUGGCUCGUGGUUCAUCUGGAGAUCAGCCAUGUAACAUUAGUGCUGACGAGUUACCAUCACUGAAGGAUGUUUUCGAGGUGACUGAAAUGGAGAACAUGGUGAUGCAUGAAUUGUUGAAGUCUGGAAAUGAGAAGCCACAUCUGAGGAGUAAUGAGGUUGAUCUGGAAUUUGUGAGGCAGAAGUUCUUGGAUGCCAAGCGCCUUUCCACUGACGAAGUACAUAGGAAUUCUAAGGAGUUCAGUGAAGCACUAGAGAUACUCCACUCCAAAAAGGAUGUUUUCCUUGAAAUCCUUCAGGAGAACAGGAGUGCAGUGUCAGGAAUUUCAGGACACAUCCUUAGCCACAGUGGAUUGCAGUGCUCUCAUACAAGUAAUGCUGCUGCUGAGCAAUCGUUUGAACAAGAAUUCCUUUGCAGCAUGGAAGGUGUGAGUGACGGGAUGCUUGACGAACCAAAGGAAUCUGAGAAACCUAUUCCUAGUAUGCUGCUCAAAGAAACUUCAGUUAUGCCAUUGGAGCUGUUGGCACCAAAUGGAAGCAAGAGUAAAGGUUCAGGCCAUCGUUCUCAAAUUGUAGUUCUGAAGCCAAAUCUUCGAAAGAAAAGUUUCACGCCUGUUUUAUCAAGCCAACAAGCAUCACAGUAUAAUCAGAGGAGUGCACAAUAUUCGAAGGGCCCACGCCAUAAUAUAUAUAAGCAAGUUGUCAUGCAUUCUGUGCCACCUAACAAUGAAGUUUUGGAACAAGAAGGGGGUAUAACAAAACAGAAAGUUAGAAUACAAACACCUAAAAGUGGUAGCAGGAGGAGACCAUCCGAGGAUGAAUAUAACCUUGCAGUGGACAGUGAGACAAAAGUUGCUUCGGCCUCUCAUGAUGACACCAUGCCCAUUGAUUCAAGCAUGCAUUUUGCUGGAUCAUCAGUGAGCAGAAAGGCUAGAAAGCACCUCUCUGAACGAUGGCAAAUGGCCUGCACAUUUGGUUCAGAAAAUUCAAUUCCAAAAGGCAUGAAAACACUAGGUGAAAUGCUUGAACUGUCUGAUAGAGAUGCACCAAAAGUAACCUCCCACAAGAGACAAUCAGAUCCACACUUCAACUGCGAUGAUGUGAGAAAGAUGCCAGCCAACUCUCUUGGUAUUAGCAGUAAAGAUGGUUGGAAGACAGGGAUUUACUGUGAAGAUAAUCUAAGAGACGGUGCAUCAAGGAAUUUUCCCAGGUCCAAGUCUCUCCCAGCCUUAUCCACUAGAUCUACAGAAUUACCAGGAGGGAGGCAAUCUGCACCUACCUGUAGGUUGCCCAUUCUGAAAGAUAUAUUGAAUACACCCACCGAUGAAUCUGGAAAUUCACAUGUCAGGAAGAGAUCCCCAAUCAGAAGUGCAAAACAGAAAAGUGGGAGAGCAAUUGUUCUUGUAGGAAAGGAAAAUAUGCUACCUGAGAAAGAGAUUCAUGUAACUUCGGAGAAAGCAAGGCAUAGUAUCUGCGUUUCUGAUCUGUCUCGGUCAAGCAACAUAUAUACUGAAAAAUACCCUGAUGAUGCUAUCAGAGCUGGGGAUCCGCAAGCAUCUGAUUCUGCUGUUCAACACGAUGACAAGCAAAAUUCGGAAGGUCAUAUGGGGCGGACAAAUCAGAAACUACCAACAUUAUUACCAGAGACAAAACAAGAUUUAUCAAUUCAUAAUCAGGAUAGCAUAGUGUUGAAGGAGGGGAGAAACCCAUCAGUGGAGAUUGAUGUUGCUGAAGUUAACCCUCAAGCAAUACAAUCUGCACUUACCGCAAGUGCAGAGAGUUGCGAAUGCUCAAGUCCAACUUCUUCAUCUCAACAAAGUUCUGGUGAAGAGACUUCCUAUUUUGGAAUCUUUAAAAGCAUCAAUGUUGGUAUUCAAGAACUCAGAGUGCAACUGAAGAUGCUAAAUAUGGAGGACCAAGAUGAUAUUUGUGGAGACUAUUCUGAUACAUCGUCAAGUGAUGAGUGCAACAAUAUGAACAUCUCAACUUACCAGGCGAUGGAAGAACAGUUACCAAUAUUCAAGGAUGAGGCAGACAGGGAUUUCUCUUAUGUACAGGACAUGAUUGCUAGCGUGUGUGACUUGCCACACUACCCAGAAGAUUGGCAAGUGAGCUCAGAUGUGUUUCUAGGGCUUGAAAACAAGUAUAGCAAGCUGCUCCUGUGGUCGAAAUCGGACAGGAAACUUUUGUUUGAUCUUGUAAACUCUAUCCUGGCUGAUAUGACUGCUCCAGGCAGCAGUUUGCAUUCAAAGAUUAUGAUAAAAUGCUGGCCUGAAAUGGAUUGUGGACAGCUAGCUGAAAAUAUCUGGCAAAUGGUACAGAAGCAAUGCGGCUAUGAACACUUUGCUUGGGAUAGUGUUCAACCUUUGCCAUUGGAUCAUCAUCCUAAAUUGGAACUAAUUGAAAUGGAGAUCAUCAAGAUGAUACACGAUGAUAUUAUAGAAGAUUUUAUCGUCGAAUUUAUGUUACAAGAGAACCAUCACUUUAUCUACUGAAGCCUAGGGUUGUAAUGGUUAGAGAAUACUGACCAAAUGAUGUACAUAACCUGCUGCAAAUCACUGGUUUGCAAGAUGGUUUAUUAUGUAACUCCAUUUGAUUGCCUUGGAUCUGGAGUCUUGUAAAACAUCUCAUUAUGUUACAUUAUAUCCUUUGCAUCAGCUGCAUACUUAUGCCGCUAUGCAAAGGAAUCAUGGUUUUUAAGUCAGGUCCAGGAGACCUGGCUGUAGUACCAAGUAGCACUGUUCUGUUAUGGUUUGACAUGUAUCUUCAUGUCAUAUUUCAUGCUUGGUCUAAAUACAAUUGGGGUAGUAAUAUUUUCUUCAACUUGUGAAUGAUUUGAUCAAGUAUGAG